UCCUCUCGUGUCUAAUCUCCUAACAUCUAGUCUAGAGAGAAAUAGAGUAAUUGUGUUAUUUUAUCUUUUCUUUUGUGGUCAGUUUUAGAAUUAUUAGAAAAAUGUUGGGUGUAUUUAGCAGUUCGAUUGUUUCACCGCCUGAUGAGCUUGUGGCUGCCGGAAGCAGGACUCCGUCACCUAAGACCACGUCGGAUGCUUUGGUGAAACGAUUUAUUCAAACCAAUUCCUCGGCGAUUUCUAUGCAGAUCGGCGAUUAUGUUCAACACGCGUAUACUCACGACAACGAGUCCCCUGUACUCCCCAGGUCAUUUGCUGUUAAGGAUGACAUAUUUUGCUUGUUUAAGGGAUCACUUGACAACUUAGGGAGUCUGAGGCAACAAUAUGGCCUUGCCAAGUCUGCAAAUGAGGUGAUGCUGGUGAUUGAAGCAUACAAGGCACUCCGUGACAGGGCACCUUACCCUGCAAACCAUGUUGUUGGUCACCUUGAAGGCAAUUUUGCUUUCAUUGUUUUUGACAAGUCCACUUCCACCAUGUUUGUAGCUACUGAUCAAGUUGGUAAGGUACCCCUCUACUGGGGAAUCACUGCUGAUGGGUAUGUGGCCUUUGCCGAUGAUGCUGAUUUGCUUAAAGGUGCUUGUGGCAAGUCACUUGCUUCUUUUCCUCAAGGGUGUUUCUACUCUACAGCAGUUGGAGAACUAAGAAGCUAUGAGAACCCCAAAAACAAAAUCACUGCCGUUCCUGCUACUGAGGAAGAAAUAUGGGGUGCUAAGUUUAUGGUGGAAGGUUCGGCUGUUCUUGCAGCCACAAAAUAGAAGAUUUGGCUUUUAUAUAUCUUUGAGCUCUGGUAGAAAAAGAAGGCAGUGGCAGAGAAUGCAGGUCAGGGCAUUAGUGGGAGCCAUGUAAUGUAAAUAAAGUGAAAGUAUGAUGUUUGGUUUCUUUUAGAUAUUUUAACUACUUCAAUCAAUGUACAGCUUUCUUUCAGUUCAAGAAUGUUGGUAAUGUUCCCUC